AUGCCGAAUGAUACGAGAUAUUAUUACGACGUGAUAAACAGCAAGUGGUGGUAUUUUGAUACCCUUGCUGGGGGGUGGAGAGAGUGUGAAGAAGAAGUAGCAACAGAGGAGGCAGCAGAAGAAGAGGUAACUGCAGAAAGUACCCAAAAUUGUGAGGAGAGGAAAAGCCAUAAAUACCAUGGUUACAAAAAUGUGGACAAGUGGAACGAACGAAAUUACAGGGAUCAUCCCCAACAUGUUAAGAACGGAAAAGUCGAAACAAAAAAGGGAAGGAGGUUGGAAAACAGACUCCAUAAUUAUGCAUAUACAUAUACACCAAGAAAAACCUCAAAACAAAGUUCGGAAAGCUCCAGCGCGACCAGCAACACAGAACACUACUCCCUUAAGAGCAACAUAAAACAACAUAAACGUGGGAAUCUGGUAGGGCAAAAUGAGACGUAUGACGAAUCGUAUGAAGAUAAUGUGCGUGGGAAAUACCCAAAUUGUGAUGCGGAGGAAAAUAGCUACGAUGAAGGUGGUGGACAGUACGAUGAAGGUGGUGGACAGUACGAUGAAGGCGGUGAACAGUACAAUGAAAGUGGUGAACACAACGAUGAAAGUGGUAAACACUACAAUGAAAGUGGUGGACAGUACGAUGAAAACUGGGGGUAUUAUGACGAAUAUGGGGGCUACUAUGAUGAAUAUGGGGGGUACUAUGAUGAGCAUGGUGGGUACUAUGAUAAAAAUGGGUUAUAUUAUGAUGGAAGUGGAGAGCAUUAUAAUGAGAGCGCAGUCUACAAGGGGGAAAAUAACAUGUACUAUGAUGAGAACGGAUUCUGCUACGACGAAAAUGGUCAUCCGUACGAUGGAAGUGAAGAUCACGAUGACACAAGUGGUGAACAUUGCGAAGAAAGUGAAGAGCAUAAAAGGGGUCAUCACGAUAAUAACGAUAAACACUACUACGAAGAUGGUAGCGAAAAUGCAGAGGGGAUUACUCAUAAGGAGGAGGGAGGGGAAUGGUAUGAAAGAGGGGCAGGAAAAAAUGUCCAUAAUUAUGACGAUAAGGUAACCAAGGAUUAUGAAGUAAGUGUAAGUUAUUUACACCAUCCAGGUAAAACAAGAAAUUUGAGGAAGUCAAGUGAAAGCAGCAAUGUUGAUCACGGGGGGGGUAACAAAAGUGACAAGAAAUCGGAGCCAAGUUCGAGCGAUUCAGAAAACUCUGACAAAUUAAGCGAGCGAAUUAACAGUUUAUUGAACCAGUCGAGCAGCAAUUUGUCCAUACUUUGUAAAAAGGACAGUUCGACCAUUUUGGGAAACUUGCUAAGUCGCAGCUUCACCAAAUCGGACCACUUUAAUUCCAUCAAUACUUUUGAAAGGGCAAGUGAAGAUGGAAAGGAUGAAAACAAAAUAGCCAAUAAACUGAUUAAGAGAAAGACCAAAGUAAAUUUCGAUGAAAUGUACAGGGCUGAAAAUAGUGGUGAUAAAGAGCAGAUGGGUAAGCGUGGUGAUUUGGGCCAUGAGUUGGUCAACAACGCGGGGCACAACCCAGAACGCAACGACAAGGAUACUGACGCCGAAACGAACUAUGUGCCUUUCGUGAGGAGGGCGACGAGAAAACUCACAUUUAAGAGUCAGGGAGGAUUAGCAGGGUGUCUAAAAGUCUUUCAAGAAAAGAAAAAAGAGUUAAUGUCCUCCACAGCCAGUGAUGUAAGCGACAUGGAAAUUAAAAUUGCCAACCUUAAAAGGAGGGCCAGGGAGCUGGCCCAAAGAUACAAAACCAAAAAUCAAACCACCGAGGAUCAACUGAAAAGUGAUCAAAUUAAGACAAAAUUUGAAGAAUUAGUUUUUCUCGUACAGCAACAAAAGAAGCAAUCCCAUUAG